UAAUACCUACACCUAUUCACAUCAUGCGCUCUUUAAAGCCAAUUCAAUCAUUUUACCAAACUGAUAAAAGUUGGACUGAUGAUUUGCCUGUUUGUAAACAAUCGGGAGUAGGAUUUUCAACAAAUCAAAUAUAUCGUGAGGAUGGUCAUCGACAAGAAGAGCACCCCUUUGAAGACAGAAGCUGUCAUUGUAGUUUUGAUGAUGGCUCGUGUUUGUACGGCGUAUUUGAUGGACACGAAGGCACGAAAGCAGCAGAUUUUUGUUUUCAAAGAAUGGCUGCAGAAAUCCUCCUGGGUCAGUUGAAUGAGGCAAGAACUGAUGAAGAGGUUAAGGAAGUACUGAGACAGGCAUUUGUUUCUGUAGAGAAGAGUUACAUGGAUUCGAUAUAUGACCUUCUAGCAGAAAGACUGUCAUAUGACAUACCGGAAGGCUUAAAUUGUUAUGAAGCAUAUCAGAAAGCCCCUGAUAUGGUUGUAAAUAUAAACAGGAUAAAUACCGAAUUAUCGUCCGGUACUGCAGCAGCAAUAGCAUUAAUUUAUAAUAGCAAAUUGUAUGUUGCUAAUGUGGGCAACAGUAGAGUCCUACUCUGUCAAACUGAUGCCAACUCUGUACUUAAAGUUGUCCAGCUUAGUGUAGACCAUGAUCUUAGAAAUGAAGAUGAAUUAUUAAGGUUAUCUCAGAUUGGUAUUAAAAUGGAAGAUCUCAGAAAACGUUCCCAUUUAGGUAACCAGGAAAAUACAAGAUGUUUGGGCAAUUAUAUGGUAAAAGGGGGUUAUAAAGAGUUUGAAGAUCUCAGUUCUGCUUCCCAAGAGCCUGUUAUAGCUGAAGCAGAUAUUAUAGGUGGAAUUCCUAUUGAUGAGUCAUGUCAAUUUUUACUCCUGAUGUCUGCUGGAUUGUACAAAUCUAUUGAAGAAGCCACACGAACUGAACAAGUCAAUAAGUACAUAGCACAGCUGUGUGUUGAGCAAUUUAGAGAGCAGGCUACAUUGACUGGGGUAGCACAAGCCGUAGUGGAUAGAGCCGUACGUCUCCAUCACGACUGGUAUAUGUCAAACUCAAAUUCUGUAAAAACAAAACGUGAAGAUAUCACGCUGGUGAUGCGCAACUUUAAUUUCCCAAUGCCCAAUGCCAUAAACUCUCCUACCAAUCCAUCAGUUAGUUUUAAUUCAGUUUCGCCCCAGAAUCUCACCCUAACAAAUACAGCAGUGAACAGUUACAAUGUCAGCACUAGAAAUACAACUGCAGAGAACACCAAUGACACUUCUAGUAGUUCAGAUGGUCGGAGAACUGAUACUGAUGAUGGGCUGGGUCCUGACCAAAGAAUCGACGCUUAUGUCGAUUUUUCUAUUUAUUACAACAACGUAGAAAAAGCGAGAAAAAACGGUACACUACCAGAAGGAAUCGACUUUUAGUGUAAUACCAAGGAAAAUGAUGAUAUUGUGAUAUUGAACAUAUAAUAAUAAUAUAGUUUAUUUAUUUCAUACCUACAUCUGCUAAAGAUCUUAAGAAAUUGUUGAUGUUUUAAUCCAAUUAUUAAUAAAUGCAGUUGAUAGAA